UAAUGCCAAUGGCAUGGUAGACGGGACCAGCCAACUAUGUGGCUAUGUGAUGCAAGAUCGCUGUCUGUAUGAGAAGAUAGAAGAUACAUGUCGGGAGCAUUACAGACUACCUCCACGCUUCGUAGAGGACCUGGUAGAUCAGAUUAGUGCUGAGACUAGCAAUCAAUGCAGUGAAGCUAACCUGGCCAUGGCAUCCUUCAUAUCAGAUUCCAUCUUAGAUGAAAUUAUUGAACAACUCUCAACCGUGGAAGCUGAGCUGUCUGAUGAACUCAAGAAAUUCCGAGAUGAAGUCGCCAAGGGGACGACGGUCCGGCAGGUAGAGAGCAUCUUUGAAGAUUCGAGAGAGGAAGAAGAGGAGGAAGAAGAAGAUGACAGUAAAGAGGAGCAGGAGGAGGAGAACGAUGCAGAAAAGACAGAGGAGGGACAGGUUCAAAAUGAGAAGGAGAACAUAGAGAUAAAAGUUGAGGAUGAACGGUCAGCUGAUGGAAGUGAUGCCAACGAGGUAGCCCUUCAGAACGGUGGAACCGAGGUAUCAAAAAUGGAUGAUGACGCAGGGGCAAGCAGUGGAGGACAGGCUUUGCCUGUAGCAAGUCUACCACAAAUGACGAAGAAACAUAAUAUACGAGUCCAGAGAGCCAAAAGUGUUAAACGACCUGUUUCUGAAUUACCAACUGGAAUCCCUGUGAUACCGAUAGAUAUUGAGGAGGAUGAACCAGAAGAAAGGCCAAGUCCCAGUCCUCUACCAGAUGUACAAUUACCAGACCUUCCAGACCCUAAUCAGUCAGCAAAAGAAGAGACGGACUCAUCCAAAAGUUUCUCGACACCAAGAAGCAAACCCAAACCAAACCUACUGAAACCUCCUUCAAAGUCACCAGGUUCCGCCCCCAAGCUUUUAGAAUUUGAAAGUGUGUCGAACCAGGCAGCGGCCCCUCUUCGAGAUGUUCGAGCAGAUCGUCCGAGGGUUAGCCGUGCAAUGAGACCGGCUCGUGCCCGACCUGCCCCGCGUCCAUCCGAUCAAAACCCUGAGGGGAUGAUAAUUGAAGAGGAGGAUGAUCUUUCAAAAAUGUGGAACUCACCUACCGUUCCAGGGUUUGAAACUCAAGAAAGCCCAUCAUCAAGCCCAUCAGGAUCACAGACUAAUCUGUCUGAAAGUAAGAAGUCAGAGAAGAAAAAUUUCUUGGGAGGCUUGUUUAGGAGAAGGAAGGAUGAGAAGAAGGACAGCAAAAAAGACUCGGACAAGAAAGAUAGUAAGAAAGAUAAGAAGGAAACAAAGAAGGAAAAGAAGGAAAGGGAGGAUAGGGAGAAGAAGGAAAAGGAAGAGAGAGAAAGGAAAGAAAAGGAACAAAAAGAGAAAAGCAAGAAGAGCAAGACACCACUCACACCCACUUCCUACAAAAGUGAGCCGGCAAUUGAUGACAUUGAUAGAGUUAGUAAAGCCGAACCUUCCACACCUCGAUUUGACCUAUCCCCUGCUCAGGAUACUACAUCUGACGUGGGUGCUGAAAAGGAGAAAACAGACUCAACCGAUGCUCCUUCCAAACAUGAUGCGACGGAGGAUCAACCUAAAGACAAGAUAGAAGAGCCUGCAUCUGUUGCACCACCCAAAAAGGCACUCCGUCCUGUGACCGGUGUCAGCAUGUUUGGGGCCGAUGUCAUGCAGCAAAUGCAGCAGAGAAGAAAGUUGAAGUCUGCAAAUAAUGAGGAUGUAAAGGAAACUCCUGAGCCAAAGAGUCCAACUACAGCUCCCAAGCCAGCCUUCAGGUCUUCCCCUCCAUCUUCAGAAAAAGUGACCCACAAACCCUUGGUCCUUCCUACUUCCCCAUCAAGAAAUCUUUCCUCACCAAACCCAUCCCCAGCUGCAUCUCCCCUGUCGCCCAAAGCCACUUCACCUGGCCCGACGUCACCAAGACCAGCGUCCACGUCUCCCAAACCAGUUCCUGCGCUCAGGCCCGUUCCCAAGCCAAGAAAGUCUGAACUUCCAACAGGUGCUGACACAAAACCAUUAGUCAAGGAAGUGAAAGAGGAAGAAGAGAAGGGGACGGAAGAGGUUGCAGGAUCAGCAAAGAGUACAUCAGUAGUUGCUCAGGAGAAGACAGUGGCAGAUGCUGCAAAGGUUAACAACACAGAACAGCCACCUGCUGCUGAGGAAGACACCAAGCCUCUUGAAGAAGCAGUUGCAGCCAAGAAGACCAAAUCAGAAUCAGAUGAAGAUGCCUCAGUAGAAAAGAAGCAAGUGGAAGAUUCUGUCCAGGACCAGCCAAAGAACAAAGAAGAAGAUCAGAAACUGGAAGACAGCUCAAAGACUUCUGAGGAAAAGGAAGUUGUUGUAGAGGAGAAACCACAGAAGGUAGAAGAUAGUCCUGCUGUCAGUUUCGAUAAAGACAAGAAUGCUGAAAGUGACAAAACAAAGAGUCCAAAAAGCACUCCAGAAGACUUGCUUGUCAGGACAGGGUCAACAUCCAGUGAAAAAUCUUCUCCGCUGAUCUCAUCAGGGAGUCUGAAGGAUGUGGAGAAAAAGACAGAACCUGUUAUUGCACCAAAGAAAGACUCAAUAAAGAGCCCCUCCCCAACCAUAGCGCCAAAGUCAAUAGGUACAGAUGGCUCACCAAAGAGACUGUCUUCGAGACCCAAGCCUGCUGUACCACUUUCUACUAAACCAAGACCAUCUUCCAUCUCAAAGAAACCAGUGCUCCCUCCACCCAAACCAGAUGGCAGCAUAGCCGAUCAUAGAAGGUCUUUAAAACCUGUCACAGCAAGAAAACCUGAAGCAAAAGAAAGAACUUCUCUUAUAGGAUUACACAACUCAGGUCCAAAAGAGAGCAAUGGUGAGAGCACUGAGAGCAUACCACCAAAACCUAGUGAUUUAAAGAGGGCGUCAAAGACGUCCAUCAACGGACAAACUCCCAAGGAAUCCAGCACAACAGCAGUGACACCAGUGGAGGAAGAAAAGGACGAAACGCCAAAGGAGAAAGAGGCCAUCUUUGUUUGAAACACCAGCCUUAUUAAUAAUACUAGUCCAGGGGCAACAUGACCAAGGAUUUUGAUCAUCAAUCCAGAGACAACCUGAUCGUUGACACAGUUCUUCACCAGUCUAACUUUGCGAUAUCUGUGGUAGGCACCUUGGCCUCAGCCUCUUUUGGUGAUGUCUUUCGGGAGAAAUUCCACUCAGCGUUUUUUUCCAUUAUGAUCCAUAUUUCUUCGUAGACAAACAAUGGACGAUCAGGGAAGCAGCAACAGAUGUGAAAUCUUCCAUGCAGAAAGGCUGCUAUUAAAGGAUGAUGGGUGUGACUUUUGUCAAGCCGACCAAGAAGCAUUAACUUCUUUAUGAAAUUCAACUCAAGUUUUCUAUGAAUCAAAAUGUUCUUGAGGACAAAGUAUUGGUUGUUUCGAUCCUUACUUGUUUUGUUUACUAUACUUGGAUGGUGUAGCUGAAAUAGAUUGUUAAUGUGGCCAGCAGUUGGAUCAUGUGCAACUUUUCUCAAUAAAUGACUGGCUUUAAAAGCUCCUUGGACGUUUCAAGAUGGUGAAGGGAUGAUUCUAAGAACUUUUUUUUCUUUCAAUGAUGAUUAUGAUAACUCUUAAUUGAUGGAGAGGUUCCUUAUCUUAUUUGUGAUACUUUGUAUAAUAUGAUGAUUAUUAUAAAACUUAUAUCAUUGAUGAAAAGAGAUUAUUUUUAAAGGAUAUCUAUUGAGUGCAACUCUAAUCACGUUCCUUUAAAAAAGGUUUACUCUUUUUCAUUUGAAAAAAAAAAAGUUGCCUGUGAAUAACGUAUAUAUGUCUACAGGCCAACAAAUCAAUUAGUUGGUGUAAAUGUAUGUCGGCCAGAUUAUUUCAGUUUAUGUUCAGGGUGAUGUUACAUCUUAAAAUUGCUUAAGUGUAUUAGACUCUGUAUGUUUCCAUGCUUAUUAAACUAGUAUUAAAUUUUUUUUACAUACACAUGGAAAGAAAGGAUGAUUUUGUCUUUUAUACAUUCAGUGAGGCAGUGAGAAAAUGAUACUCAUUCCGAAGCCAAUCUGUAGGGGAUGAUAUAUUGAUUCACAACUAGAGGCCUGUAUAACACAAAGCUUAGCAACCAUCGUAGAACAUUCUUUAACGAUAGAUUGCAAUGACUACAAUAUAUUAUUAACCAUUAAAAUCAAGCAUACGGUUAAUCCUUGACCUUUGUGUUACGGGACCCAUAUCUAGUUUUAAUGAUUGAUUUCUAUUUCGUAAGUCUUUUUUUUUUUUUUUACAGAAUAUCUUUCUUGUACUUACCAGCUCAGUCUUUCAAAUCUUAGUUUUAUUGUCAUUUGAAGUGUGAAGUACAGUAUGUAUGACAAGUUGUCCUUUAACACUUUGGCCUUUUAAAAUAAUGUUUGUAUGCCAUUACGGGGGGAAAAAUGGUUGGUCAGUGUUUUAUUUUCUUGUUACUGUUGUUGUUGUUUUUUUUUUUGGGGGGGUGCCAUCAUCAUUAUCGAGAUCAUGCACACGCUGGCUAUAUAAUGCACUCUCAGGCUUCCCUGUACUGUGGUCCCACAUACUGUGUUUGUGUUGUACGUGUGGCGGGGAAUCCUUGCGUAAAUGCAAGUACACACUCCAACGAUACACAUCAAAUAGAGAUUGAGGGUUCUUGUGAAGCAUUCGUGUCCAUUGCUCACGAAUAUGUUCAAUGAUAUUAUAUGGACAAUUUUCUUCCAAGCCAUUCACCAGAAUAAAAUAAAAGAUAAAGGCAAAACAAUGAAAAUUAGGGUCUGUUGGCAUAUAUUUUUUGUUUGGGGGGGUUCAAAUUUUUUUUAAAUAUAAAAUUUUGGCAGGUUUGACAAGCGUUGAUUGAGCUACAGCAAACAAACUCCUUUUUGUGUCUUUUUUUAUGUGAUGAUAAUAUGUACAGGUCACUCUGCCUUAGUCAAAUCUCUGGGGAGCAUAUAAAUCUGUUCAACUUGGGCAAAAUUGGACUUUAGAAGGUGUAAAUGAGACAUAAUUUGCAUUUUGAGGCGCCCAUUGCAGAAAUACUUGCAAUCAAACGAAACAUGAUUUUCAACCAAUCAGAUGCAUAUAUUUGGGACUUUGCGCUUGGUGUAAAAUACUUCAUGUUAUUAAAAAGCGAUUAUUCGACUUGUAGAAUUAUACUUGCCUAUAUCGCGCUCAACACUUACCUUUAUCAAAAGUCUGUGAGCGUUCUACAGUAAUGCAGCAUAAUUACCCUGGCUUUUGCAGAGCAGCUGCGUUUCAAGGAAUGAAUUCCUACCAGGUACCCAUUCACUUCACCUGGAUUGAGUGUGGCACGUUGCAGGUAAUUUUCUUGCUGAAGGAAAACACGCCAUGGCUUGGAAUCGAACCCACGUCCCUCGGAUUAGAAGAUGAGAGUCAUAACCACUAGACCACGAUGCCCCCAUGUAGAGUCGACUUCUGCAGAGUCUAAAAAGUCUUCAUGUAAACAAAAUUAUUCUAGUUUAUCAUGAAAUGAAAUAAUGUAUAUUUGGGCAAGGAGACAUGCCCUGUAAAGUUAGAUGUAUAGAUAUUUAUGAAAUUAUUUUACACAAUUAUUUUGUCAACUUAAUUGUUUGAUUGCAGUCUAUAGUUGGUGUGCAUAUCCCAAAGAAAACCAGACUUGGUCCAGGGCCCAAUUCCGUGAAUUUUUAAAUGAUUUGCUAGAAAGCUCUGAAAAAAUUGCUGCUAACCAACCAAGUUGUAGGAUUUCAGUUGCUUAUAACAGUAGCUUGUAAAUUGCAAUUGAUAACAAGUUUUGUGAGAAGCCAAUUACCAACACGAGUAUUGAGGCCCCUGUAAGGGAUUGUACAGGAUUUAGAGCAUUAGGUGUUUAAUAUAGUUGCAUUUUAUUGAUAAGACAAUGGUCAUUAUCACCAGUAACAAUUUAUUCAAAUGGCUGUAAAUGUAUGUAUGUCAUCGAUAAUGGGAACAACAGAUUUCAGGAAAGUAAGCAACAUAUAGUUUUUUAACUUGAAUUUCCGAUAGAGGUCAUAUUUUGUGACAGGAACUUGCCAUGUUUGUUAUUUUGUUUAUUAUAUAUGUGAUAAUUUAUUCAUUACAGAUUUUUUUUCCCCAGCUUUGAAGGAAGAAAGAUCGCCCAAAAAAGAAUGAGGAAGAGGAGAGAGGGGGGAGAAAAGUUCUGAGGGGUGUUUCACACAUUCACUUUAAGUCAAGUGUGUUUUUAAGUUGUAAUUCAAUUGCUACUUACAUUGUGGUAUACUUUGCAUCCCUGAAUUGUUUUGGUUAUGAUCAAGGUACAUUAGGCUACUAAUGUUUAGUCAUCAAUCAGAAUACAUGUUCCACUUGCAUUUUGGAAUUGAAGAACGAUUUAAACCCAUGCUUAAUAUUUUUUUUGACACAACACCUCGGUGUGAUUCAUGUGAUAAAUACAAUUGUACUUCUUAUUUUCAGAUAGCAUGUAAAAGUUUGCGUAUCUUAGAUGUUGAUAAAUCAAUCUAUUUCCCCUGAGUUAAGUUGUUUAUACAUGUAUGGUAAAUGGUAAAUCAUUGACUUUUCCCAAUUUUUUUUAAAUUGGAGAUUUUUGUUAAAAGUGUUGUUCAUUCUGUACUUAUGACAGCAAGAAUUUAAAUGUACAGUCGAAAGUUGAAUUUGUAUAUAUUUGGCAAAAUAUUUUUUAACACUUGUUAUCAGAUGAAUUUAUGAAGGGAAAUCAUGGUUUGGAAAAAAUGGAAAUGUCAUGGACCAAAUGU